UAUGGCUAGCCGGCCCCAGCCUCAGCCUCUCCAAGGACUCGGAUCCAGCGCUGGCCGGGGUGCCCGGGUGCUCUAUCUGCAUGAUGGCCAGCUCCCGCCCGGACCCCGAACCAGAGCCCGAGUCUGUGUUCCCACGGGAGGUCGGGCUGUUCGCCGACUCGUACUCAGAGAGCAGCAGGUUCUGCUUCUGUGGGCACGAGCUGAGCAUCACGCAGAACUUUGGAUCGCGCCUUGGGGUAGCAGCACGCGUGUGGGAUGCGGCUCUGAGCCUGUGUAGCUAUUUCGAGAGUCAAAAUGUGGAUUUUCGAGGCAAGAAGGUGAUCGAACUAGGCGCGGGGACGGGCAUCGUGGGAAUCUUGGCUGCGCUGCAGGGGGGGGAUGUUACCAUCACUGAUUUACCACUGGUCCUAGAGCAGAUCCAGGAUAACGUCCACGCUAACCUGCCACCUGGAGGCCGGGCUCAGGUGUGUGCCUUGUCCUGGGGAGUUGACCAGCAUGUCUUUCCCGGAAACUAUGACUUGGUGCUGGGGGCAGAUAUCGUAUACCUGGAACCCACCUUCCCACUGCUGUUGGGGACACUCCGACACCUGUGUGGGCCCCAUGGCACCAUCUAUCUGGCCUCCAAGAUGAGAGAGGAGCACCAGACAGAGACCUUCUUUCAACACUUCCUGCCCGAGCACUUCCAGCUGGAGCUGGCCCAGCGGGACGAGGAUGCGAAUGUCAACAUCUAUAGGGCCAGGCACAGGGAAGUGGGACCUGAAGGACAUCACCCCUUCUGUUGACCUCAACUCUUAUCCCAGUGGAGGAAUGGCAUCUCUCCAGAGCCCUAAACAUCAGGACAUGAGAAAAGGAUGCAGUGCCUGUCUUCUUUCUUCUCUUUUCCCAUUAGUUUCCCUAUAUAUUCUUCGGAGACUACUUGAUGAGAGUGGCAGAGCCCUAGAAGCAUUGAGUUUAAAGCACAAAGAAGGCCCAGCACUUGUCUGCAGAGGAAGAGAGGGUAUUCAGGAUACUUAGGAGUAAGGGAGGGAAGCAGGGGAUGAAUAGUGGCUUCAGGGAGAUUGCCGUUGAUCACUUCCAAUUCUUUAAACAGAACAGACUUAAAAAAAAUUCUUUGACUUUUUUUUUUUUUUUUCAAGACAGGGUUUCUCCGUGAAGCAUUGGCUGUUCUGAACUCACUUUGUAGACCCAGCUGGCCUUGAACUCACACAGAUCCUCUUGCCUCUGCUUCCUAGAGUGCUAGGAUUACAGGCAUCCGCUACCAUGCCUAGUUCUUUGACAUUUUUUAAAGGAAAAUAUGAGCAUUAAUUAUCUCUUCUGCAUCCCUAAACAUGUAGCUAUUGCCAGAGAGCUGGGUACCAAGAUGCCUCAAAAUUCCUGUUUCUUGCUACUGAGAUGUUGCUAGGAGAAGUCCCCUUGGCCUGAGCCUGGUAACUCGCAGCAGAGCUGUCCCUUUGGGCUAUCGCUUCUUUGUGCUCUACAAAGUUCAAGACCUGAUCACAGACAUCAUGGUGUACCAAAGUCUCUGGAUUGAGUUCUAGGUUCUUCUGAUCUCCAGUUUUUCCUUCUUAACUUGUUCUGUCUUCUCUUCUUGAUUCUUCCUCAGGAGAAGUCUGGUUGGGCUCUUUUUCCUUACUGCUUAGGAAUACAGCCAUCCUUGGUGUGUCUGCCACCAUCGUCAUAACCGCCUCGCUACUCCUCAACUCUCGCCAUCUUCCAAAACCUGCUCUAAUUCGCUUCUUACUGCAAGAACCAAUGUCUUUGCUUGACACUGAGGCAUGCCCCCAAAGUACUUUGUAUUUCAUUUCCUGCUCCUUUUGCAUGUUUAGCCAAGUUGCAGUUUGCUGUGCUUUAUUCCCUAACUCUAUAAUCAGCAUUCUCUCACUUCUCCACUUUCUGAAUGAUUCCCUUCAAGGGCCAUUGCUCCUUAUCAAAACUCAAUCUUUGCCUCUGGGAAAAUCUUCCUUUUCUUGAGCCUUCUAUUUGGAUGUGAUUUUCUUGUCAGGAAAUCUUUUAACUGCUUAGGGACCUUAUAUUUUCCUAUCUGAUUUUUUUUUUCAAGACAGGGUUUCUCUGUGUAGCCUUGGCUAUCCUGGACUGGACUUGUAGACCAGGCUGGCCUCGAACUCACAGAGAUCCACCUGCCACUGCCUCCCAGAGUGCCGGGAGCACAGGUGUGUGCCAUCGUGCCUGGCUGUUACCUGAGUCUUAUUUUCUCACCAAUAGAUACAUUGGAGGGCAAAGCUGUGGUUUAUUCAUUAGUAAUUCCUUGAAACUGGCAACAGCUCCGGGCACACAUGUGUUCAGCGGAUAUUAGCAGAUAUGCUAAUUUAGUAAUUAUUUAUUCGGUUUGCUGAAGGAACUCCACCUCUCUAGGUGAACCAGGACAUAGUUCCCCGAGUCAUAAAUGGAUAACGAAUAUGAAAGUGCAUUGGAAAUAAACAUAAAGUAUCACCUACACGUCUUGUUAUUUUGUGACAACUUUCAUCAAGCACUUUUACGCGUUAAGUCUUUUGAAAUGUUUUGACAAGCAAAUG